AAGUCUCUCACAAAAAUCCUAGUCCCAUCCGACUCUGCGAUCCAUCCAUCGGCUUUAGCAGCAACAUUACUUCCCUUAAUUUUACAAUCCACCGCACGUGCAAUUGAAUCUGUCAGAGACAAACUAAUAAGUACGUACUUAGCUUGUUAAUCAGCCCUUCCUUCAUCCUCUACUUGUGCUCCGCCAUGAACGACUCAUCACAGGAUGUUUACGAGUAUCUGAUGAAUAAGAGGAAACACAGCACCGGCUCCGAGGAGUCGAGAACGGGAAGGAGAAGGUUGAAGAAGGAAGGAAGUCAAGAGAGCAGCAAGAAAGGAUCAUCAGUGUCGACAGCUCUGAAGCUGUACGAGGACCCAUGGAAGAUAAAGAAGACGCUGACGGAGAGCGAUCUGGGAAUCCUGAGCAGGCUGCUGCUGGCGGCGGACAUGGUGAAGAGGCACAUUCUGCCUAUGCUGGGAGGUGAAGGCGCAAGAGCCGCAGAGAGCGAAGAAGGAACGCAGGUUAGGGUUUGGGACACGGACACCAAAUCCAUGCACCAGCUGCUGCUGAAGCGGUGGUCGUCUUCAAAGAGCUAUGUUCUGAUCGGCAAGUGGAGUCAGGAUUUCGUGAGGCGGAGGGAAUUGAAGAAAGGCGAUGAGAUUGGCUUCUACUGGGACCCAUAUACCUCCCUCUUCAACUUCUGUGUUCUUAAGCGCGCUAAUGGCUCUUAGUUAAAUCUACCAGAAUGACAUAUAUAUCCGUAGACAUAUAUUAUAGAUAGUAUUUCUGUUUGUAGCGAUUGAUCUUUCAGAAAUUCCUACUUCGCCGCAUUACUAUCUCUAUGUAUGUGAUCCUAUUUUUCCAGUAUAUUCACACAUCCACUGAUGAUGCUUUUGUUGGUA